UCACUGUACAAAACACCAAACAUAACAUUCAAAUGUUCAGCAAAUUCCUGCACAAACAGAACAUCCGACGCGUUGUUCCCGGCACGUGCCUCGUGGCUGGCGGCACCGGCGCCGGGGCGAGCCCCGCCAAGGUGACGCUCAGCCUCAAGCUGAGGGGAGGGUGCUGGCGACCCACCUCGCGGAAGGUGGCCGUCUUCACCUUCCAGGAGGCGUCCGGCCACGCCUCUUCCUAUGCCCUGCUGGACCUGGAGUACCUCUUCAGGUGCAGCAGCAAGCCAGGUGCCAGCGACAUGCAGGUCAAAAUCUGCGUGAAGCUGCGCCGCGGCGGGAAACGCGUGGCCCGCGCCGACCUGGAAGAAUUUCUCGGCCAGCUGCUGCGGGGUGGCCGCCUCGACUCUUUCUUCCUGUACAUACACGAAGAAAAAGUCGCCCUCCUGCAGGCCAAUCAGUCAAUCCCGUACCCUGCUACGGAAUGGCUUUUUGAAGGGGAGGCACGAGGCACGCAUACGGGGGUCAAGGCUGAGGAGCCUGAAGGUAACGGUGAUACUGACGAACUGGAAGAAUGCAAUGAUGAAUACUUCGAAGAAUGGAAGGCUUACCUCGAGAAGGUGUUCUCUGUCGAGGAUGAAGAUGAAACUGACGAAGUGAAAAACUUCAAUGACGACAACUAUGAUGAAUGGAAGGCUUACCUCGAAGAGGUAUUCGCUGCUGAAGAUGAAGAUGAAACUGACGAAGUGAAACACUACAAUGACGACAACUAUGAAGAAUGGCAGGCCUACCUCGAAGAGGUAUUUGCCGUUGAUGAUGAUAAUGAAGCUGCAGACGAGGCGACCUGCAAGGUGCGGGAAGCCUCUGGUUAUGAUGCUGUUAAAUUGGAAGACGAUAAUGAUGACUGCAACAAAGAAGGGAAGGCUAAUCUCGAAGAGGUAUUUGCCGUUGAAAAUGACGAUGAAGCAGCAGGCGAGGCGACCUCCGAGGUGGAGGAAGCCUCUGGUGAGGGAAAUGAAGCAGCAGGCGAGGCGACCUCCGAGGUGGAGGAAGCCUCUGGUGAGGGAAAUGAAGCAGCAGGCGAGGCGACCUCCGAGGUGGAGGAAGCCUCUGGUGAGGGAAAUGAAGCAGCAGGCGAGGCGACCUCCGAGGUGGAGGAAGCCUCUGGUGAGGGAAAUGAAGCAGCAGGCGAGGCGACCUCCGAGGUGGAGGAAGUCACUCCAAACGGUACAAUGGCCGCAGACGAGGACGUCUCUUCAGGGCGAGGCCUCCUCAGCAGUGACCGUCUCUGCCACGCCCUCCACUGCUUCGUACGCUUACCGCAGCAUGGCUGUACCUCAUAGAUUCAUUGAUCGCCUUGCAGGCCCCGAGGACCGCCACCUCGAGGAUCUCCGGCGAAGCUAUGGGGUCCAAAUCGAGCGGAUUAAGCGAACCCUGCAUGUGAAGGGCCGCCGAGACGCAGUGCUGCAGUGCCACCACUCCAUGCGUGCCAAGAUCGCUGAGUGGAAGAGUUCCGAGGCCGCUGAGGCUCACUAAGCGCCCUACAGACACCUGGGACGGCACCGUAACGCUGUUCAUUACCUGACGCCUGACGGACAGCGAAGCUGCGGACGAGGUGACCUCCGAGUUGCGGGAAGCCUCUGGUGAAGGAAAGGAGCUGGCCACGAGGUGACCUCCGAGUUGCGGGAAGCCUCUGGUGAAGUAAAGGAGCUGGCCACGAGGUGACCUCCGAGUUGCGGGAAGCCUCUGGUGAAGUAAAGGAGCUGGCCACGAGGUGACCUCCGAGUUGCGGGAAGCCUCUGGUGAAGGA